AUGCUCUACCUUCAGCACCUGACCACAGUUAUCACACUUUCGAGCCUCUUUGCAUGUAGCACGUCAGCACCGACCUCCUCUGGAGGAACCCUACUUGUCGAAAGAUUAGGCAGGAUACCCCAAGGAUGGGAACAGGGCCGCGCUCCAGGAGCAUCAGAGCAGCUGCGAUUUCGCAUUGCAAUUAAGCAAGACAAUGCUUUUGAUUUCGAGCAGCACGUUCUGGCGAUCAGCGACCCUGACCAUCCAAAAUAUGGACAGCAUAUGAAACGUGAUGAAUUGAAGGAUAUGCUACGACCAAGUCCUGACGCCUCUUCCGCAAUCCUCGAAUGGCUCCGAUCGGAGGGCGUGUCAGAAAGGCAUAUUCAGGAUGAUGGUGAUUGGAUUAAUUUCUAUGUUCCUACAACGGAAGCAGAGCGCAUCCUUCACACCAAGUUCUACUACUACCACAACAAGGCGGCAGAUAUCGAUAGAAUUCGGACUUUGCAAUAUUCAGUUCCACCGAAUGUGCACCAAUAUGUUCAAAUGAUCCAGCCGACCACUCGUUUUGGCCAGAUGCAGCCUGAGAAGAGCACGGUCUACGAACAUUUUGUGAUCGGAGAUUCUGCUAAGCAGUUGAAUCAGUAUCAAAGCCCCAAUCUCAACGUGACUUUAUGUAAUACUACCAUCACCCCUCAGUGUCUUCGAGAUCUUUACCAGAUUGGGGAUGCCAGGGGUAGUGCAGAGAAUGGUGGGAGCAUCGGCAUUGCCGGGUAUCUCAAAGAAUACGCCAAAUUUGACGAUUUCCGGGCUUUCACCGAAGAAUACGCACCUUACGCUGCAGAUGAAAAUUUCACGUACGUACUCAUCAAUGGAGGACUGGACACGCAGGAGGAUACUGUCGAUGAUGAUGUGGAAGCAAAUCUUGACGUGCAAUAUGCCUAUCCACUCUCGUAUCCCACCCCUGGGAUCUACUACAGCACAGGCGGACUUGGUGAACUGGUUCCAGAUCUAGACCAACCGACGUUGGCUGACAAUCAGAACGAGCCUUAUCUGGACUUUCUGCAUUACAUUCUGAGUCUCUCAGAUGAUGAUUUGCCUACAACCUUGACGACGUCUUACGGCGAGGAUGAGCAAAGCGUGCCGGAAAGCUAUUCCAACACGACUUGCUCUCUGUUCGCUCAACUUGGAGCUCGGGGAGUAAGUGUUCUCUUCUCUAGUGGGGAUACUGGGCCUGGAAGUGCCUGUCAGACCAAUGACGGCAAGAAUACGACUCGCUUCCUACCCAUAUUUCCAGCCGCCUGUCCAUUUGUGACUUCUGUGGGUGGUACCGUCAACGUGGAGCCGGAAAAAGCAGUCAGCUUUUCAUCUGGAGGAUUCUCUGACCGUUUUCCGCGGCCAUCAUACCAAGACCAAGCCGUGACACAAUUUUUGGAGAUCCUGGGUGACACGUGGAAAGGGCUGUACAAUCCUAAUGGGCGCGGCUUUCCGGAUGUUGCUGCGCAGGGAAGAAACUUCAAGGUCAUCGACCAAGGGAAGGAGAUCCUGGUGGGAGGGACAAGCGCCUCAUCUCCAACUUUCGCUGGCGUGGUCUCUUUGCUGAAUAGUGCACGCCUCUCCGAGGGUCGCAAGCCGCUCGGGUUUUUGAAUCCCUUCAUCUACAAGUAUGGCUAUAAAGGCUUGACGGACAUCGUCGACGGAUCUUCAAAGGGUUGUACGGGUAAAGACAUCUACUCUGGACUACCGACGCCAUUCGUGCCCGGAGCUGGCUGGGCUGCUGUCAAGGGCUGGGGUACGUUCCGUGUCUGUGUUGGGUGUACAGUGGCGAUACUAACGAGAGAAAUCUUUAGAUCCAGUGACGGGCUACGGGACUCCAAUCUACCCGACUCUACUCGAGCUAUCGAAAACCGUCUAGUAGGAAACACAGACAGAGUAUCUAAGGUUUCAAUUGACCUGCCAACCAGAAGUGCCGCUCAUGUUGGCAAGAAAUUGCAGAACGCGCCUCCAAGAAUCAUUUCUAGGCAAACAGGCGAGCAGCAAUCCUAUGCCCAAGUCGAACGACGCGCCCCCACCGAAAACGCGUCCAAGUUCUCGGUCGACGGGACAGGCAUUCCUGAUGUCCCAUUUGACAUAGGCGAAUCCUACGCUGGCCUUCUUCCAAUCUCUUCGGAUUCUAACGAGACUCGUCAACUGUACUUCUGGUACUUUCCAUCGGGAAACCCAGCUGCUGAGGAUGAGAUCACUAUUUGGCUCAACGGCGGUCCAGGUUGUAGCUCCCUUGAAGGCUUACUCCAAGAAAACGGCCCCUUCCUAUGGCAAUAUGGCACCUUCGCUCCCGUCAAGAAUCCGUGGACCUGGGUGAAUUUGACAAGUGUGGUUUGGGUCGAGCAGCCAGUCGGCACAGGAUUUUCGCAAGGAGACCCUUCCGCAAAAGAUGAGACAGAUGUCGCCAAACAGUUCCUGGGCUUUUUCAAAAAUUUCCUGGACACCUUUGGCCUGCACAACAAGAAAGUCUAUAUCACUGGAGAGAGCUAUGCAGGCUAUUAUGUCCCUUACAUCGCAGACGCCAUGCUCAACACCAACGACACCAAGUAUUACGAUGUAAACGGAAUCAUUAUCUACGACCCCAGUACAGACACAGAUGCGGUCCAGGAGCAAAUUCCAGCAGUCGCUUAUACCGACGCCUUUGCCCCUCUCUUUUCCCUCAAUGCCUCGUUCACCUCCUAUAUCCACUCCCAAGCCGAAACAUGCGGCUACACAGAAUACCUUAACAAAUAUCUCGUCUUUCCGCCCCCUGGACCCCUUCCAAAUCCCCCAAUGACCAAAGGUUCAGAUGACCCCUGCGACAUCUGGAACGCCAUCCUCAACGCUGUAUCUCUCAUAAAUCCAUGCUUCGAUAUCUACCAGAUUGCAACCACUUGCCCGCUCCUCUGGGACGUUCUCGGCUUUCCUGGCUCCUUCGACUACCUUCCCGAUGGAGCGGAAAUCUAUUUCAAUCGAUCUGACGUCCAGAAAGCGAUCAAUGCCCCACUUGGCAACUGGGAAGAAUGCACCUCCAAGGACGUGUUCGUCGGUGAUGGCGAUCAAUCACCGCCUAGUGGUCUUUCCAUUCUUCCAAGCGUCAUCGAGCGCCUCAAUAAGACCAUUAUCGCACACGGCGCACUCGACUAUAUCCUUAUUGCCAACGGAACCUUGCUGAUGAUCCAGAAUAUGACAUGGAACGGGGCUCAAGGCUUCCAGGCAAAGCCGCAAGAUGAAUUCUAUGUGCCGUAUCAUACAUUGGAGGAGCCUUCGACCCUGGCAGGAGCGGGCGUCUUUGGGACAACGCAUACGGAGCGUGGGUUGACGUGGGUGGAGGUGAGCUUGUCCGGGCACAUGGUUCCGCAGUAUGCGCCAAGCGCAGCGUAUAGGCAAUUAGAGUUCUUGUUAGGUAGAAUUGGGAGUUUGAGCGAGGUCAGUAGUUUUACUACAGAUCCAGACGGUGCGAAUGUGGGGGUUGGAGGUGGUAAUAGCACGAUGAAGCUGUUAUAG